AUGGAGUAUUGGCAGAAACUCAUCAACCUCGCAGCCAGCCAAUGCGUGCUUGAAAACUUUGAGAAGGACCUGCAGGUUGUGCAAGACCUGGAGAGCAAGCUCGGAGUGGCUCAAUGCUGGGUUCCUGACACUCCAGAAUGGGAAGAUGCAGGGCGCUUGAUUGCAAAAAGGAAGUAUCAGCGUGCACUGGAUGCUCUGGAGGGCCUUGUUGUGGCUCGCAUCUUUGAACUGACAAAAUUGAACCGCUCAGGAACUGCCAUCUGCUCUGCCCUUGAUCAUUACAAUGCAGCAGCACUAUCUCUAACCCCCCCUUGCAGAACCCUGAAAUGGGAUGAGGUCAUUGAGUAUGCAUUCCUAUCUGAUUUUGAUCUACUACGUGAUGCCUGUCAGGAUAUCUCCCAGCAUCCUUGGGAACACUACCUACACAACUGUUACACUCAGCUUGAAUUCUCUUGCCCCGCACUCGCCCACCAGAUCAGCCUGCGACGUCUGGUUCGCAGUAGGGCUAACAGGUACCUCCUGCAGUGCAUGGCUGACAUUGCUCGGCUGCAGGAGUUUAGCAGGUCAAUCAAUAUCGGUGAGAGCAUCAAGAAGUCUCUCGUGGACAGUGCCAGCAUCCCGCAUGCUCAAAUUCCUGCUGGACUCAAUGUUCUUCUUAAGACCGUACUCAAUCCUGACAUGCAAGAUGAGCUGGAGGAUGAAGAAGAGGAUGUGCCAGCUAUCAAGGAGGCAGCGCAGGCGUUACAUGAUGUCCUCCAUGUUUCAGUGGACUCAUAA